AUGUCAUGCAAACCAUCUUAUAAAGUUGCCGAUAUUUCCCUUGCCGAUUUUGGGCGUAAAGAAAUUGUUAUGGCUGAAAAUGAAAUGCCAGGUUUAAUGGCUAUGAGAAAAAAAUAUGGACCAAGUAAACCUCUUGCUGGUGCAAGAAUUGCUGGAUGCCUUCAUAUGACUAUUCAAACUGCUGUCCUUAUUGAGACACUUGUUGAACUUGGUGCUGAUGUACAAUGGUCAUCAUGUAAUAUUUUCUCUACUCAAGAUCAUGCUGCUGCUGCUAUUGCUGCUACUGGAGUUCCAGUUUAUGCCUGGAAAGGUGAAACUGAUGAGGAAUACCUUUGGUGUAUUGAACAAACUCUUAUCUUUAAAGAUGGACAACCAUUAAACAUGAUUCUUGAUGAUGGUGGUGAUCUUACUAAUAUUGUUCACGAAAAAUAUCCAGAACUUUUAGCUGGAAUUUAUGGUAUCUCUGAAGAAACUACAACCGGAGUUCAUAAUCUUGCUAAAAUGUUAGCUGAAGGAAAAUUAAAAGUUCCAGCAAUUAAUGUUAAUGAUUCUGUUACUAAAUCUAAAUUUGAUAAUCUUUAUGGUAUCAGAGAAUCACUUAUUGAUGGAAUUAAAAGAGCAACUGAUGUCAUGCUUGCUGGUAAGGUAGCAGUUGUUGCUGGAUAUGGAGAUGUUGGUAAAGGAUCAGCAGCUGCUCUUCGUGCUUUUGGAGCACGUGUUGCUGUUACAGAAAUUGAUCCAAUCAAUGCUCUUCAAGCAGCUAUGGAAGGAUAUGAAGUAACUACUCUUGAAGAAAUUGCUCCAAGAGCUAGUAUCAUCGUUACUACUACAGGAUGUAAAGAUAUUGUUACAGGAAAACAUUUCGAGGUUCUUCCUGAUGAUGCUAUCGUCUGUAAUGUAGGACAUUUCGAUUGUGAAAUUGAUGUUAAUUAUUUAAAUAAAAAUGCUAUUAAAGAUAACGUCAAACCACAAGUAGAUAGAUACACUAUGAAAAAUGGACGUCAUAUUAUUGUCUUAUCAGAAGGUAGACUUUGUAAUUUAGGUAAUGCAACAGGACAUCCAUCAUUUGUUAUGUCUAAUUCAUUUACUAAUCAAGUUCUUGCACAAAUUGAACUUUGGACAAAGAAAAAUACACAACAAGCUUAUAAACUUGGUUUAUAUGUACUUCCAAAAGCACUUGAUGAAGAGGUUGCUGCUCUUCAUCUUGAAAAACUUGGAGUUAAACUUACUAAACUUACUCAGGACCAAGCUAAUUACCUCGGACUUCCAAUUAAUGGACCAUUCAAGCCAGAUCAUUACAGAUAUUAA